AUUACUCUAUGUCAAAUAAGAUAUUACAAUGAGAAAUCUGCAAAUAUUAGGAUAGUAAAGAUUAAAUUUCGACCUAUGGAGAAGGUUAUGUUGAUGGUAAAGAUGUAAUUAAAGAUGGUUGCUCGAAUUGUAAGAUUGAUAAUAAUUAUUUUUGUCAUAAUGAAAUAAUGAAGUAGUAAAUUCGUUUUCAAUGCUCAAUUCAUUGCAAUUAAUGCCAACUUGAUCUUGACAAAAAUUAGUAAUGUAUUAAAUGCAAAAUUGGAUAUUUUUUGGAUAAAAAUGAUUGUGUUUAAUGUUCAAUUAAUUGUUUUGAAUGCAUUGAACAAGCUAAUUGCGUAAGUUGUAAGUUCCCACAAUAAAAAAAUAAUAAGGAUUAACUCUGCAAAUUUGGGUAUUAUGCUGAUGAGAUUAAUGGAACUUUUUUAAACAAAUAUGGAGAUUAAAUCAAAGUAAAAGAGGAGGAAUGUGAUGAUGGUAAUGCUAUUAAAGGUUAUAGGUGUGAUAAUGAAUGUAAGCUAGAAAAUAAGUAUAUAUUUAUAAACGGUUUAAGUAUCAUACCAAACUAUCCAAAACCAUUAUUAUAGAGUGUACUAUGUUUACUCUAUUAUCUGAUUGUUUAAAUUGUGCUUUUCUGUUAUUAUUAAUGUGCCAAAGGUUAAAAACUAGUUUUCAUCUGAGCAAGCAC